UUUUUAAAGCAUCCUUAUAUUUUAUUUUAUUUAUUUAUUUUUUGGCUGCAUUGGGUCUUGGUUUCUGCACGUGGGCUUUCUCUGGUUGCGGUGAGCUGGGCCUACUCUUUGUUGGGUGCGUGGGCUUCUCAUUGCAGUGGCUUCUCUUGUUGCGGAGCACAGGCUCUAGGGCGUGUGGGCUUCAGUAGUUGUGGCUCAUGGGCUCUAGAGCGCAGGCUCAGUAGUUGUGGCGCAUGGGCUCGGUUGCUCUGUGGUAUGUGGGAUCUUUCUGGGCCAGGGCUCGAACCCGUGUCCCCUGCAUUGGCAGGCGGAUUCUUAACCACUGCGCCACCAGGGAAGUCCCAUUCCUUCUUCCUGUUUUGAUCUCUUACUUGUUGGGGGCUUCCCUCAAACGUGUGAUGGUCCUUGGCUGUCUGUUAAGAUCUAAUUGGAAGCAUCACUUGGACAACUCGUUAACUGAUGGGCCUCACUGCAAGGAUUUUGGGACCACGCCUCUGAACUCUGAGCCUGCCUUGGGUUCUUAUGACCUUAGCAAUAUAUUACCACAUAAAGAACAGAGAUGCAGAUAGAUCCUUGGAUAUUUUUGAUGAGAGAUUACAUCCACUCACACGAGAAAAGAUUCCAGAGGAAUACUUCGAGCAUGAUCCUGAGCACAAGUUCAUUUACAGAUUUGUUCAUACUCUUUUUAGUGCCGCACAGCUAACUGCUGAAUGUGCAGUAGUAACUUUGGUUUACUUAGAAAGGCUUUUAACUUAUGCUGAGAUCGACCUUUGCCCCACUAACUGGAAAAGAAUUGUUUUGGGAGCCAUUCUUCUUGCCUCCAAGGUUUGGGACGAUCGGGCUGUAUGGAAUGUGGACUACUGCCAGAUCCUCAAGGACGUUACAGUUGAGGACAUGAAUGAGAUGGAAAGGCACUUCCUGGAGCUACUUCAGUUUAAUAUUAAUGUUCCUUUCAGUGUGUAUGCCAAAUACUACUUUGACCUUCGCUCCUUAGCAGAUGACAACAACCUGAAUGUUCUAUUCACUCCUCUUAGCAAAGAAAGAGCACAGAACUUAGAGGCCAUUUCCAGAUUGUGUGACGACGAAUACAAAGACGUGUGUAGAGCUGCUAUGAGAAGGUCUUUCAGCGCUGAUCAUUUCAUUGGUAUUCGGCGCUCCAAUGCCAUCCUCUCUUAAGGGAGAAGUGAGGGGUUGUAACAUCAUAAACCCCUCGAAACAAGAACUGGAGAAAUAUCACCUCUCCUGCUCAGAAACCAGCAAAGUUAGUAUUUUCACCUUAAAGAAAGACAUUGAAUUCAAGAGACUCAUGGACAAGCGAAGAUUAUGCUCAUAGGAAAGAACGGGACCUCGUCAAUGUAACACGCUCUUCUGUCCUUUUUAUUGUAAACAGAGUUACAAAAACCACUCCAAAGCUAAAAGCUCCCAAUCCAUGCACAGAUAUCUGCUCCCAAUCCACGCACAGAUAUCUGUGAACUAUGUGAGGUUUUUUAAUUAAUAGCUUAAAUUUUUAGACUUUAAAGACACUAACUAUAUAACUUCUAUGUUUUUCUUGCCUCACUGUCCCAUAAUGCUGCAUAUUCCUUUAGAAUCAGUGCAGUAUUACCAUCAAAAAAUGGGACUCCAAAAAAACAAAACAAAACAAAA